CUCAGAGCUCAGUGAAGCAUACCUGAAUCAAAGGUCUCUCUUAUUCCAGGCAGCCAACCAAAAUUGUACAGCAGUUAGAAAACACUGCUAACAGGAAUUUAAGAAGACCAGGAUUGAACUUGAACUUAACUUUGCCCACAGCCACCUCAGAGAUUGAGGGUCACUGAAAUGUAGUAUAUUAUCCUAAUGGAAGGCCACCCAUCUCCGAACGUCUACCCAGCUUCUACUUGUUAAAGAGCCUUAGGAGCGGUCUUGGAAAAGGAAAGCUCCGAUUCCUCACCUGAAAUACAAGAUAAUAUGAAGGACUGCUGUGGGUUCCCUGUGGAUUUAUUAAGUGUUUGUGGGAGUUUGGUAGAGAGAAGCAGUUGGGUUCCUGUGAAUGGAGCUUGAUAAGAAGGAUCCCUGAUGUCGACACUGCUCCUCAUCUGUAUGCUCCUGUAUUCCAGGAUUACCAACAGCGUAGUAAGAGGCUGGAAACCUUGUACAGAUUUGUUACCACUGGAUUUCCUUGCCAAGAUUUUACCUGCUAAUGGAGUGGCGCCCACUGGGAUACGAAUGGUUCAGGAUCAGGGAGCCCGUGGAUUCCAUCUGUCCACUUCUCAGGGGAGCCCCAGCUUCCCAGCCUCCCACCUCUUCAUCAGUUGUGACUUCUUCCCAGAAGAGUUCUCCAUCGUUAUCACAAUGAAAGCCUCUAGGAUUGCAUCAAAGAAAAAUGAAUACAUUUUUACCGUAGUAGAGGAAGACUCCAACAAACUGUUGCUUGGACUGCAAUACUCUCAGGAUAAGCUGCACUUUAUGUUUUGGAACUAUGGGGUCAGGAAUCACAUCACCUUCCGAUCUGUGAAGCUGGCAGAUAAUCAAUGGCACACACUCAUCUUAGCAGUGUCCGGGCUAUACGCAUCCCUGACUGUGGACUGUGGCAUUCCCGUUGACCUUGUCCUUCAUAGACCAUUCCCUGCACAUCUGAACACAAAGGGAUCCAGAUUCCACAUUGGGAACCGGAGAAGAUUGAAGGGGCUGUUUUCAGGUUUAUUACGACAGCUGGUUCUGUUACCUGGAUCUGAUGCUACCUCAAGAAUAUGCCCCACCUUAAACCCCAAGCUAGCUAUCCUCUCUGUCCCCCAGGUUCUCCUGUACCUCCCAAUAAAACCAUCUGAAAAUGAAGUCUUGAAGUAUCCUGAAGAAGCUGAAGCACGAGUGAUUCUCGGGUCCCAUCCUCCCUGUACAAAGAAACAAGCUGGACAGCUGUGGUUCGACACAUUGAGGAGAGGGCUCUAUAUAUGCGACAGUCAAGGCUGGGUCACCAUGCUUCAAGCAAAGCAGAGACUGGACUAUGUGGAAGAAUACCAGGACUUUUAUACAAAUUCAGAAACUCUCGAUAUUGAGAUUUUUGAAAUUCCAUCUGUAGGGCUGUUUGCGGCUACAGCCAACAAGAGGCCUGUCCCAGGCUCAGGGAUCUAUAAAUGGACCAAUGGGAAGUUUGAACCUUACCAGAACAUAACAACCUACCAAGCACAAGCCUGGAAAUAUUUUACCAUUGAUGACAAGAUUUUCCUAGCGGUUGCUAACUUUGAGAAGAAUGAAAGAAACCAGGAGUACUCAGUUAUUUACAAAUGGAGCCGAAGAAGAUUGAAGUUCUCUUCCUACCAGACCAUCGAGUCCCAUAGUGCCAGAGACUGGGAAGCUUUCCAGAUAGAGGGGGAGACCUUCCUUGCAGUCGCCAAUCACAGGCAAGGGGGCAAUCAUAACAUUGACAGUGUUGUUUACAAAUGGAACCCUGGGACACAGCUCUUCGAAGCCAACCAGACCAUUCCUACCUCUGGAGCCUAUGACUGGGAGUUUUUCACUGUUGGGCCCUACUCUUUUCUGGUUGUUGCAAACAGCUUCAAUGGCUCCUCCACUCGAGUUUAUUCCAAGAUUUAUAUCUGGCUUGGUGGAAUGUUUCGGCUUUUCCAGUCAAUUAUGACAUUCGGUGCUACAGACUGGGAGGUGUUCCAGUUUGAAGGCAGAGUCUUCCUUGCCGUGGCUAACAGUCAGAAAUAUGACAAAACCGGACAGAGUUCCUAUGCCAUUAACUCAACCAUCUAUGAGCUCAACAUCACUGCACAGAUAUUCGUCAGAUUUCAGGACAUCUCAACAUACAGUGCGGUUGAUUGGGAGUUCUUCACCUUAGGAGAAGACAAGUUCCUGGUUGUAGCAAACUCCUAUGAUGGCAAAUCCUACUCUUUGAAUAGUGUUAUAUACAGGUGGCAAGGAUAUGAGGGAUUUGUCCCAGUACACAGGCUUCCAACAUUCGGCUGCACCGAUUGGGAAAAGUUCAAUACUACAGAUAGCUCCUACCUCAUCUAUUCCAGUGCCAGAGCGGACAUUUCAAAGGUUCUUAAACUUAAAACUUACUAAUGGGUGUAAAAGUUCCAUUCCUUUUUAAGAUCCAAGUCAAUCCAAAACUGCAAAUAUGGAGUCAGAUUUGAGAUCACAGUACAUGUCACCAGUUCGUGUUGGAUCUUCUGUUGCCCAGCAACUUGGAGAUGGAGUUCCUGCAAUACAGUAACCAAGGACUACAGGGCCAUGUGAACCUGGGCCAUAAACAUUUUCAUAAACAGCCAAAGUAAAAGAUGACUUAAUGAACAAGCAGUACUUUGAACUGAAGAUUUUCACUUUUUUAAAAAAUAUAUUUUUUUAAUUCAAAUUCCACAUAUUUUAAUUUGCUACCAAAAUUCUGGAGGACCUCGAAAUGCACACAAGACCAAUUGAUGAAAACUCAGGGACGACAACACAGCAACAAAUUGAAGAUUAUUUUUUCACGAUACACACAUUAGGCUUUCUGAUGGAAAGAUCAGUUAUUCAUAUAGCUGUGGAUUUAUUAAGAGUUUAAUUGUUUUUCUUGUUUCACUGGCAUUGUAAAUCUGUCAAAUGAAAAUGCAUAUAUGUAUAGUACACAAUUCUAUUGAUUGGUUAUGUGCGAUAAACAGAAUUCUUUUAAUUUCUUAGCAGGUUUUUAAAUAUGAUAAGAUAGUCAUAUGUAUCUCUGUUUAUUUAUAUGUACUGUAGGAGUAUAAACCUAUAGUCUGUAAACCAUUGUGGUAAAUUCCUUUGUUGGACUUCAAUAAAAUAGUAAAUGCUGGCAGCUAGUCUGACCACAAGACAAAACACACACAGAGACAAUCGUACCUGUGGUGUCUAAACAACCAGCCAUAAACACUCUGCCUUAACUCGUUGUUGAACACAGCACUAUUUAUAACUAAUGUAUAAGUAGCUGAUUAGAACACAAGCUACCCAAAUUUGUAAAGAUAUUUUCACAAGGCAUAUUUCUGUACGGAGAUCUUUCCGGUAGCUGACUGAAUUGGGUAAUAUCAAAUUGCACCAGUCUGCUCCACAAUUGGAACCACACUUUUCAGGCAUAGUCACUGAACCUGGAGACCAAGGGUCUGUACUUAGGGCUCGAUUAACAAAUAUCCUUGGUGGUUGCACAGUAGACUCAGUUAUUUGCAAUCAGAAGUAAACAAGUAUCAGAAAGUUCUAUUCAUGAAAUUAAGUUGCCCAUUAAUACCACAAAAUAUCCUUACAAUAAACCCCAAA